AUGGCGGAGUGGCGCGCGGUGCCCAGCGACCUCUUCCCCUUCGUGCUCGCCUUCCUGCGCGAGAACCGCUUCGAGGGCGCCGCGCGCGCCUUCGCCAGGGAGGCGGCGGCGAAGGAGCAGGACCCCAACGCAGCCUCCCUCCUCGACAUCUUCAGUUACUGGCUGAAGUCUCCAGCGGCCAAGAAGAGAAAGCUCGUUCCCAACGGCCCCCGGGCGAAGAGGAAGCCGUCCUCCAGCAGCGAUGACAGCUCCAGCGAGGAGGACGAGACGCCCCCAGCCAAGAAACCAGCUAAAGCAGCAGCUGUGCCCAAGGCAAAAGCAGUUCGUCCAGCCAAGAAGGCAGAGAGCAGCAGCGAGGACUCCAGUGAUGAUUCAGACUCAGAGGAGGAGAAGCCGCCAGCAAAGAAAGGCGCAAAACCCGUGGUGAAGCCAGCUGGAACCAAAAUCCAGCCUCAGAAGAAAGCAGAGAGUUCCAGCUCUGACUCAAGCAGCUCAGAUGAAGAAGCACCAAAGAAACAGCCACCAAAACCAGCAACACCUAAAUCAGGAAGUAAAGCUGCCCAGGCGGCCACCAAAGUGGUCAAUGGAAAAGCAGCAAGCAGUAGCAGCAGUAGUGAAGAUUCUGAUGAGGAAAAGGCUGCACCGAAGAAGGCUGUUCCCAAGAAAUCACCUCUCCCGAAACCUGCAGCCACUCAAGCAUGUCCAGGGAAAAACAAACAUGCCAAGGAAAGUUCCAGUAGUGAGGACUCAUCUGACAGCUCAGAGGAUGAAAAGCCACCUGCAAAACAAAAGCCGAAGUCUGGUCAGUACAGUGCUGUACCACCUCCUCAAGCUACGCAGACAAAGAAGGGCCUUGCCAAGGCUCCUGCAAAAAAGGCUGAGAGCAGUGACUCUUCAGACAGUAGUGAUGAGGCAGAGAAGGUGCCCCCAAAGGGAGGAGCAGGCAAAGCAGUGGUAGCUAAAAAAAUCCCUGGUCCCCAAAACAAAGCUGUGACUACCAAGAAGGCUGAAUCCAGUUCUGACAGUGACUCAGAUUCUAGCUCUGAAGAUGACAAGAAGAAGGUAGGGAGUAAGCUCCCAGCUAAACAACCUGUGAUAAAGAAUGCUUCCAAACCAGCAAAAGUAGCUGUCAAGCCUGGACAAGCAAAGAAAGACUCCAGUUCUUCCUCAGACAGCUCAGAUUCUGACAGCUCUGACAAGAAGGCCCCUGUGAAGCCCGCAACUAAAGCAGCAAUGCCUGCAACAAAGAAGUCACAAGCUGCCACAAAGAAAGCACAAAGUAGCUCUGAUUCAGAUAGCAGCUCCAGCAGCUCUGAGGAUGAGAAGAAGAAAGGCACUCCAGCUAAACUAGCUGGCAAAGUGGGUAGGCCAGUGUCCAAACCUUCUACCCCAGCUCCCAAAGCAGGCACUUCUGACUCUGAUAGCUCAAGCAGUGAAGAGGAAAAGAAGCCAGCAGUGAAACCAGCCACCAAAUCUACAGGGGCAGCAAAAGCAACUGGGGGGAAGAAGGCAGCUGCUUCUAGAAGUAGUAGCAGCUCAUCUGAUAGUUCCAGCGAAGAGGAUGAGAAGCCCAAAAAGGCAGGGAAAGGAGCACAGAACAGUUCUAAGACCACUGCCUCUACAGAGAAAGCAAAAGCAUCCACACCAGCAGCAAACAACCUGAAGUCUAAGCCAGCUGGUGGCAGCAGCAGCAGCAGCAGUGAAAGCAGCUCUGAAGAAGAGACUGGAAAAGUCAAUGGAGGCAUGAUCAGGAAGAAACAGAAGAGGGAAGAUGUUCAGGAGCCAGAGACACCACGCAGUAAAAAGGCAAAGAUCAAAGCCAAAACACCACACACAGUUCCCAAGGUGAAACAGCCAGCCUCUCCAUUCCGCCGCGUAAGGGAAGAAGAAAUUGAGCUGGAUGCCCGUGUGGCUGAUAACUCAUUUGAAGCAAAGAAAGGAGCAGCUGGUGACUGGGGUGAGAAGGCUAACAAUGUCCUGAAAUUCACUAAAGGCAAAUCUUUCCGCCAUGAGAAGACAAAGAAAAAACGAGGCAGCUACCGUGGGGGCAGUAUAUCGACCCAAGUCAAUUCUGUCAAGUUUGAAAGUGACUGAGAAUGUUUCCUUUGGAAUUCAUAAACCAUCUGCUCACCAGAAUGGCUUGGAUGGGCAUGUGGACGUUAUGGAUGUCAAACCUGCCUGGAAUGCUACCUCCCCUAGCCCACUGUGGGGCAGGCAGCUCCAGCGUGGGGAUGUAGGAGAAUGGUUGGAUGUUUCCCCCUUUUAUUUCUAAUUCUGGUUUAGGCCCCUGAUUUGGAACCAUCCUUGAGCUGGUGUUAUUGGCACCACUAGGGUCACCUCCAAGACUUAAAUUUUCUACAGUCUUAUUUUAAAAGGCUGGCAGUGAUUUUUUUUUUAUUUCAGUUUCCUGCCCAUCUAGUAGAAGAAAGAGAAAGCAUUCUCCUGUAUCUUAACCUCCCACUUCUUUUUUCAGCCAGUUUAACUUGGAUACCUGUGAAAUGGCAAGUAUUGUAACUUGCCUCUGGCUAGUUACUGUAAGAGCAACAACUGAUUUGAACCCUCUGGCUGUAAUCCCUACCCCCACCUGACAUUUCAAGUUCACAGUUGCAGUGUGACGGGGUUCCUCUUUCCUGUUUCCUUCUUUUAUGGUUUCACCUUGUAGUGAAUUCCUACCUUCCUCUUCCUUCCACUCCUGUUGAGGCCACUAACCAGAGUACCUGGAGAAGCAGAGUCUAAAUACACCUUAGUAGUUGAGUAACUGUAUUGGUUGGAGUUGCAAGUUGUAGGCUAUUGUCAGAAAGACCAAGGUCUGUAGUACUGCUGUGGCACUCUUGGUAAUGCUUCCCUUGGGAAUGUAGCUGGGGAGUGGAGAUGUGCAGAAACUCUUGACUGCAUGAGGUUGUGACGUUUGGCUCAGUGGGAAUGGGUAAGGAGGCAGAGGAGAUAAAGCCCUCUUUUCUAUCCAGCUCUGCUUUUUCUUGUGUUUGUGUUUCAGAGGCUCUGACUGCAGUGUGGCAUUACUCCUUGUUCUCUUUGAACAUAAAAUGUGCCAGCUUAUGCUUGCUUGCAGCAAUGUGCUGUGCAGCUUGUUAGGAGUCGAGAUGAGUGUAUCAUUAAUGCCUUCGGUUUCUUUUCUGAGUUGGAUCACUUGCUCUUUGAGCUGUUUUCCAUCUGUUAAAUCCCUCUCAAGAAGUAAAAUGCCAGUUUCCCCAUAGCACUAAGGCAAAUAAAGCCUGGUGCUGUAAGGUUUGAAGUGUUAGCUAAAAGUACAUGUUUGGUAUGGGGAGCCUCAAACAAGUUCAGUAACUUGCAGCCUAAACUGAGAUUUUGUGAGCAACUGAGAUACAAUACAAUGGCUUACUGCUGUUGAGAAGAGGGCUUGCUUUCCCUCCAGUUGUGUGACUGCCUCCUUAUUUCUGGUGCAACUUGCAUCUGGUAGAAAAUGCUUCCCCCAACUACUUUUUUCUCCCUGUUAGGUGGGUUAAGUUAACUUUAGUUUGUGGAGCAGUCUGCUGAGCCCAUAGUCAGUAUGAGUUGAAUAGCGGUAGUGCAUGUUUGGGAAACGGGGUAGUGGGCUGAGAACUGCUCACCCCAUCUCAUGAAACUGCCAGCCACCGAGAGAGGUUAUGCAGGGCCUGAUUUCCAGGUUUCCAUUCCCUCCCCAAAGGGUGACAGUGAGAAGAGCCCUGUUGUUACAUGAAGCUGCACUUCUGUGCAAAGCAGUGUCACCUAAUUGAGGGUUGGAUGAGACUUGAUGAGCCACCCUCAUAUACAUGAGCUGCAACUUGUUCCAAUGAGCUUUUUUCAGGACUUCCCCUCUGGCUUGCACAAUCACUCUGGUGCCUGGAUUCUAGGCUACAGUGCAGAGGGGCCCAGGAGACCACAGUUAUUACAAGGACUUAAAGGUUAGAGGCCAAAGGAAGGUGGGAAGAGAGUAUUUUCUGCCUGGGGAUUUGAACAUCAUCUUGCUUGUGAUUUGUCGUUUGCCCUCUUUCUUCUGUUUAUCAGGAACUUACAUUUGGAACUCUCAAACUUUUUAAAAACUUUUAUGUUUUGGGGGUAUUUUAAGUGUAAGAAUUUUAAUGUGUUGGAAAAUAAAGAUUGCUGCCU